AUGCUCUACAACAUCUUCAUCCUCGCCCUCACUCUCGUGACCCUCGUGUCCGCCCACGGCAAAGUCAUCGUCGUGACAGGCAACGCAGGCGGCAACGGCACGGCCCUCGGAAUCCUCGGCGGCGUCGUCCCCAACGCCAGCCCCAACCUCCGGGUCCGCCUCCCCGCACCCUCCCCAUCCCAGCCUCACAAACCCCCCUCCUACCCAACCGGCCUCCCAUCUGCCCCAACAAACGACAACAACAACAAUAACAACAAAAACACCGAAUCCGACACCACCGUCUUCGACGACGCCGACCUCUUCACAGACGGCCUCGGCCGCACCGCCGCCUCGGGGCCCAACACCAUCGCCAUGCUAGUCCACGCCAUGCACCUAUCGGGAACCACCCUCCCCCAGAUCACCCCCGGCGGCAACCUCUCCGGCACCUUCUUCGUCAUCACCACCGCCGGCGCCGGGCCCAUCCACGCCGUGCUCGACCCGACCGCCACGGGCAAGUUCUCCGCGGGCGUCCGGCUCCCCGUGGUGGAGCAGAUCCCUGGCAGCGGCGGUGGGGGCAAUGGUAGUGGGGAGGAGGGGGCUGAGGGCAACACGGCGGCGGAGGCGGAGGCCGGGGGCGAGUUUGUCUCGUCGUCGCGCAAGCCGGUCCUGCCGAAGGUGGCUGUGAAGCGGCGGUCGCUGUGGGCGCGCGUGGUGGGUGCGGUGGGCGUGUGGAGGAGGGGUGUGCCGGAUAAGGUCAAUCAGGGGUUUGAGUUUGUGUUUGCCAUUCCCGCCAACACGACGUGCACUGGUGUCGUGGCCAGCAUGACGGGGGUGUGUUUGGUCAAGAUUGCGAAUGGGAACGAGACGGGGCCGUUUGGGGGCGUGGUGCCGGUGCAGAUGGCGGUGUUGCGUCGUGGUGGUGGUGGUGGUGGUGGGAAUGGAACCUUUGUGAUGGAUGGAGGGAAUAAUGGGACUUCUGCGGCUGCUGCUAUUGCUGCCUUGUGUGGGCGGCUCUUCAAGGAGUAAUGUGUAAUGUGUGAGAUGGUUUGGGGGUGGAUAGCGGGAGUGGCGGGAGUGGUUUUGGUCAUGUACUGCUUACACCUCGGGUUCGUGGAGGGAAAAGGGGUACGUUCAAUGCAAUGGCCGGCCUUGCAGCUUCCAAAUUGAACGAAACAUGCGUUGGGUUUGCCGAUAGAUUCUACAGGACCAUUGUUGGCCCCGGGCCCGGCGUUGCGAUCCUACGGUGCCCAGAUAGGUGUGCCAAUGUAAGAAUCGUACGAUGUUGGAAGCGAACUACAUCAAUGGAACAAAU